CCAGGUGCUCUGGAGAAGCCAUUGCACAAUGAUGUUACAGAGGCUGUUUUGAGUCUUCACAAUGCUGGCGGGUAGCAACUGUGGUAGGUAGUGGGAGUUCCUACCUACCCCUCCCUGUCUUCCUACUAAUUUGGUGGUGCGCAUCAUGGGUUCAAGGAGCAAUCCGGCGGUUUGACUUCUCCGUCCGCACCUACUCUAGCCUUUGUUCAGUGGUACGAGGCGCCGCGCGAGCCUGCCGGAAUGGCCGCGGCGUCGUCUCCGGCGGCGGCCAUCACCUGCCGAGCGGCGGUGGCGUGGGCGCCCGGUCAGGCGCUGGUGAUGGAGGAGGUGGAGGUGGCGCCGCCGGAGGCCAUGGAGAUCCGCGUCAAGGUCGUCUCCACCUCCAUCUGCCGCAGUGACGUCACCCAGUGGCAAUCCACGGCUCAAACCGAUCUGUUCCCCAGAAUUUUCGGGCACGAAGCAUCCGGUGUGGUUGAGAGUGUUGGUGAAGGUGUGACCGAGUUCGAAGUGGGAGACCAUGUGCUCACCGUCUUCAUCGGAGAGUGCAUGAGCUGCAAGCACUGCGUUUCAGGGAAGAGCAACAUGUGCCAGAAGCUCGGCCUGGAGAGGAGGGGUGUCAUGCACAGCGAUCAGAAGACCCGCUUCUCGCUCAGGGGGAAACCUGUGUACCAUUACUGUGCAGUGUCAAGCUUCAGCGAGUACACGGUUGUGCACUCCGGUUGCGCGGUGAAGGUCGGCCCAACCGUGCCGAUGGACAGGAUAUGCCUGCUGAGCUGUGGUGUAUCUGCAGGGCUUGGUGCAGCCUGGAAGGUUGCUGAUAUCUCGAAGGGGUCGAGUGUGGUUAUAUUUGGCCUUGGAACUGUAGGGCUUUCUGUUGCUCAAGGUGCUAAGCUGCGCGGGGCUUCUAUAAUUAUCGGUGUUGAUACUAAUCCUGAAAAGCAAGAAAAGGGGAAAGCUUUUGGUGUCACAGAUUUUAUUAAUCCAGAAGAAUUGAAUGAACCUGUUCAGCAGGUGGUGAAGCGGCUGACCAAUGGAGGUGCAGAUUACUCUUUUGAGUGCGUGGGUGAUACAGGAGUAGUGUCGACUGCACUGCAAUCAUGUUCUGAUGGUUGGGGGCUGACUGUAACUCUUGGUGUGCCAAAAGCAAAGCCAGAGGUUUCUGCUCAUUAUGCACUACUUCUGUCUGGAAGAACAUUGAAGGGGUCUUUGUUUGGAGGAUGGAGACCUAAAUCUGAUCUACCUUUGUUAGUGGACAAGUAUGCAAACAAGGAAAUCCAAGUCGAUGACCUUGUUACACAUGAUUUGUCAUUCGAUUACAUCAACAAGGCACUUGAACUGAUGCUAGAAAACAAGUGUUUGCGAUGUGUGAUUCACAUGCCUCAGUGACAGGGUUGGACAACUAAGUGUUAUCGUAUCUCUACAAUUUUUUCGCUUUAUCUCAGUCGUGAAGUUUUCAUCAGCAAAUCAGAUUAUCACAUCAUUCUAUGUUUCCACCUUGGAAGUUUUGAUGCUGUCUAACUUUGUGUACCUAUCUCAAGAAUUAUUCAUGCUAUUUAUCUUGCUGUAAAAUUAGUUUGUAAUGACUGCAAUUUUGUAUUGAUGUUCCAUGUAUAGGCCAAGAUCUAUCUUCUUCCAGAGCUUCCUGCUUCAAAUGAAUCAUGUAAAACUGAAGGACAGCGUAAAGGAAAUGAAAUUACAUUCACUGAUUUUCAUC